AAGAAGCUUUUAAAUGGUUUAAAAAAGCUGCUGAAGGUGAUAAUUCUGAUGCUCAACUUAUACUUGGAAGAAUUUAUCUUGAUGGUAAUGAAGCUAAACAACAAGAUAUUGGUCAAGCCUUAAAAUGGUUUAAAAAAUCUGCUGAAAAAGGUGAUGAUAGUGCACAAUUAAUAGUUGGUGAAUUAUUAUAUCAAGGAAAAGGCGCUAAAAAAGAUAUUAAAGAAGCUUUUAAAUGGUUUAAACAAUCUGCUGAAAAUGAUAAUCCUGAUGCUCAAUUUACUAUUGCAAAAAUGUAUUUUGAUGGUGAUGGUAUUAAAAAAGAUAUUGAUGAAGCUUUAAUAUGGUUGAAAAAAUCUGCUGAACAAGGUGUUGUUAAUGCUCAAUUAUUUAUUGGAAAUUUAUUAUAUGAAGGAAAUGUUAUUAAAAAUAAUUCAAAAGAAGCUUUUAAAUGGUUUGAAAAAGCUGCAGAAAAGGGUAAUUUGGAUGCUCAAUUUACUAUUGGACGUAUGUAUCUUGAUGGUAAUGGAGUUAAAAAAGAUAUUGAAAAAGCUUUAAAAUGGUUUAAACAACCCGCUGAACAAGGUGAUCCUAAUGCACAAUUUAUCGUUGGAAAUUUAUUACAAGAAGGAAAAAGCGUUAAAAAAGAUGCUAAAGAAGCUUUUAAAUUAUUUAAAAAAGCUGCAGAAAAUGGUAAUAUGGGCGCUCAAUUUACUCUUGGAAGAAUUUAUCUUUCUGGUAAUGAAGUUAAACAGCAAGAUAUUGGUCAAGCUUUAAAAUGGUUUAAAAAAUCCGCAGAACAAGGCGAUGUUAGUUCACAAUUAAUCGUAGGAAAUUUAUUAUACGAAGGAAAAGGCGCUAAAAAAGAUACUAAAGAAGCUUUUAAUUGGUUUAAAAAAGCUGCAGAAAAUGAUAGUACCGAUGCUCAAUUUACUAUUGGACGAAUGUAUCUUGAUGGUGAUGGAGUUGAUAAAGAUUUUGAAGCUGCUUUAAAAUGGAUCAAAUUAUCUGCUAAACAGGAUGAUACUAAUGCUCAAUUACGAGCUGGAAAAUUAUUAUAUGAAAGUAAAGAUAUGAGUAACGGUAAUAAAGAAGCUCUCAAAUUGUUUAAACAAGCAGCUAAACAAAAUAAUGCUGAUGCACAAAUUAUGGUUAGUAAAAUGUAUUUAAAUGGCGAUGGAGUUUGGAGGAAAAAUAACAAGAAAUCAUUAAAAUGGAUGUUAAGAGCCGCUGAACAAAAUAAUAAUACAGAAGCUCAAUUUCUCCUUGGAAAGAUGUACGCUAAAGGCAAUGGGGUUAAACAAAAGAAUAUUGAAGAAGCCCUAAAAUGGUUUAAAAAGGCUGCUGAACAAGGACAUUUUGAAGCCGGAAUUAUCGUUGAUGCUUUUGUUUAAAACUUUUUAUUUAAAAAAUUAACGACUAAACGAAUUUUGUAAUUAUUGUAAUAAAUAAAUAAACAUUUAAAAUUUUAUAAAUAUUUAAAAUUUUACAAA